AGCUCUUUUGUCCUCUCCUCCCUCCAUCACGACUGUGUUCACUCUCAAGUUGAGCGCAGAGGAACACUUGCGCGGAGAGAGGAGAGGAGUCAGUGGACACAGAGCGGGGAAGGAGGACAGGGAGAGAGGAGCAGCUUCUCAGCGAGCGGAUUUUGGAUUUGUUUCCCCCCAAACGCAGGAGCAUCAAUCGGCAGUUUUAAAUGGGUUUGGAAGUGAACUUCUUUUUCAGUGCAUGCUGGAGAGUUCGAGACACUUUUUAAACUUUGGAGGAGCGGAAAGGGUAACAAAGGCAUUGACACUGAGGUCUGCGCACCUUUGACCAUCCCGUCUGGAUACAUGACACAGAGGAGCGCACGGUGGGAAGAGGGAAGGGGUUCACACUAAAGCCAGGCGUGACGGGAAGGGUCCACGACGCGAUUCUUCCGUUUUGUCGCUGAAUACAUAUGGAUUUAUAGUUUUCUCCGAAUCAAAUUUUUGGCGAAGGCAAAGGGACGCAGUUUGGACAGAAAAUGAGAUUAUUGAUGGCACCAGUGCGAUAGUGGCAUUUUUUUUUUACAAAAGGAAAUCUAAAAAAAACAAACAGAUUUUACCCAAUUUCCUCGAACAGUUCUGCUGGUUUAAGUUGGCAGGAGGUAUGGAGCGGGUCAAGAGAGGCGCGCUGCUGGGAUGUCGCCUCUGGAAGACGAUGCUCCUUCUGGUCUUAUGGAAAGUUUCCAACAGCACAUUAGGAGCAGCAGGAGGAGGACUAGGAGGAGGUCCAGAGUCCUUGCUGCCACGCUUUUCCUCCUCUCUCCCCACCUACCUCCCUGUCCAAUGUCAGCUGAGUGGUGCUGACUCCGCCUUCUUCCUGCGGGAAGCCAAUCAAGAGGUCAUGCGAAACAGCAGCCUAUCGUCAUGGACCGAGCCUUUCUUUCUCCACCAGCUAGAACCGGGCAUCGCUGCCCCGCAGUCCCUUCCCAGCGUCAACUGCAGCUACGGAAAUGUGAGCAUCGAGCAGCCAAUCCCAGCGGAGCUCCUUCAGGGGCCGCCCCCACAUCUGCUGCACUCCACCAACCAGGUGACGCUGAACUGGAAGGUCAAAGGACAAGUCGUGGUGCCUAAAGUGGGGUCAGCAAGGCCGUGGAUACAGGUACUGUUUUACCUGAUAGGACGGCGCUGGGAUGACCCCAACCUGCCGCCUCCAUCCCUCCUGCCUUGUGUCAGAGCCUUGGCUGUUCGUGACAAAAGUGAAGAGGCUCCCUCAGCAGGCUGCCGCCUCAUGGGACCAUCCGGCAUCUGUGUUGUCCGUCUGGAGAUUCCCCCAGUCUGGUUUGCACCAACACAAGCGAGAAAGAGACCACCUGAAGCGGCCCUUCCGUCAGUGGAUGUUUACUACUCGAUUAUAGCCAUGGAAGGAGCUCGUCAAGAGUGUCCUUCUGUUGUUAGCGAGCCAUGGAGAGCUCCGAUUUCAAGUGCCGGGGCUGUUUUGGGCCUCAGUGCGGGGCUAGGGGGACAGUGGACUACCAUUGAUGAUGGAGGCCUUCAGGACAUGCAGAAAGCUGGAUCUGUGGAGAUGAGCAUGGGCACAGUUUCUGCCAAAGGAGAAAGAUUGCAUUUGGAUGAAAAUGUGGAGGUUCUGGUUCCACCCAGCCCGGUCCGGCUUGGCAAAACUGUGGCAUUUGGCAUUCACAUGAAGACCAACUCAAACACGGAGCAGUUUACGUUAAGGGUGUGGUUCCAGUCAGGCAUCAACUUCCUGGCUGUGAAACCCAGCAACCUCGUCGCGUGGGAGAUCAAACAGGAAAUGGCAGCGGGAAGCAGUUCGUUGGCAGUUAUGUGUCAGAGAAAGGCCUCCUCCACAGCAGAGAGAUUGGAAAGUUCCUCCUAUGAAGUGAUGCAGCUGGACUUUGAGGUGGAGAAUAUCAUUACCUUCGUUCCAACCCAGACUCUACACUGGACAGUGGAAUAUCCAGACCGAAGUCAGACAAGUUCCCAGCAGGAAGAGAAAGUCUCACACCUCUACAUUAGCAAUGCUGACAUACAAGGCAUUGUACCUCUGGCUGAGGACACAGAGGUGGUGAACACGGCCAUUCUCACUGGGAGGCGAGUGGCAGUGCCCGUCAAACUGGUUACUGUGGAAACGGAUGGGCAGGUGAGGGAGGUGGAAGACUCCAUCACUUGCAGUUCGACAGACGUGGAUGUUGUCAAGGUGUCUCAGAAUUGCAAUCAAGUCUUGGUAAACGGUAAGGAGAUGCGGGGUCAUCAGUCCUUGGCAGUAAACUUCACCUACCUCCACCUGACCGCUCAGCUGCACCUCAACGUCUGGGUGCCGAAGCUGCCGCUGCAGAUCGACAUGUCGGACACGGAGCUGAGCCAGGUCAAAGGCUGGAGGGUGCCCAUCGUCGCCAACAGGAGACCCACCAGAGACAGUGAGGAUGAUGAGGAUGAUGACAGGAAAGGCAAAGGCUGCACCCUCCAGUAUCAGCAUGCUCUGGUCCGGGUGCUCACUCACUUUGUGGCAGAACCCUCUGACCCCGGGGGGGAAAUGGUUUACAUGCUGGGUGCUGAUUGGCAGGCUGACAUCACACAUUUGGUCUUAGAUCAGUUAAAGGUAGAAAAACCUCACAUCGCCAAGCUGGUAGAUGGAGGGGUGCUGAUAGGGCAGGAUGUGGGAGUCACCAUCAUCCAGGUUCUGUCUCCACUGUCUGACUCCAUCCUGGCAGAGAAGUCAGUGACCGUGCUGGAUGACAAGGUGACGAUCACAGACCUUGGGGUUCAACUAGUUGCAUCUUUAUCCCUCAGUUUGACAGCGAGUCCUGGAAACUACCAAGCUUUGCAGCUCACGACUACAGCGUCCGAGCUGCUGCACACGCUCAAACAGGAAGCCGUGUUCAGUGCAUGGAUUCAGUACAGCGAUGGUUCAGUGACGCCUCUGGACAUCUACGACCCCAAAGACUACCUCCUCUCGGCUGUCUCUCUGGAUGAGAGCGUCAUCUCUAUCACCAAUCAGGAGCAGCACUGGCCAGUGAUUGUUGCAGAGGGAGAGGGGCAGGGACCUAUAAUCCGAGUGGAGAUGGCCAUCUCAGAGGCUUGCCAGAAGUCCAAAAGGAAAAGUGUACUGGCAUCUGGAGUUGGGAAUGUUUUUGUUAGGUUUGGAGCUAAGAGUGAAGAGAGAGUUGGACAGGAAGACAAUGGAGAACUGGAGAACAGCACAGGAGAUCAUCAGACAAAAGAUGACGGAGAAUGGAAGGACAACGGUGCAGCAGCAGACCGAGAGGAAGGAGCCAUGAGGAAGGUCAGCACAACAACCAAGAGCACAGUAACUCAUCGUGCUUCAGGUGGAAAAGGUGCUGGCAGCAGAGGCAGCGGUCACAGCAGUCACCCAGCCCAGGUGGAAGUACCAGGGGCUGGAAACGGUGAGCUGACCCCGACAACCAGAGGCCUCUCAGACUUGGAGAUUGGGAUGUAUGCCCUUCUGGGGGUAUUCUGCCUGGCAAUACUCGUCUUUCUCAUCAACUGUGUCAGCUUUGCUUUCAGAUAUCGUCAUAAACAGGUACCUGUUUUGGAGGCCGGAGGCAACAUGAACCACGCCCAUGACUGGGUGUGGCUCGGCAAUGAGGCUGACCUAUUAGCCGACCAGUGUCAAGGCGGGUUGCCUGACGAGUGCACCACCAUCAUUGACCGGAACGAAGGAGGAUAUGAGGAGAGCAAGUACCUGUUGAAUGGGGCUGGAAACACCUUGGUGAUGGGUGUGGCCACAGGUGGACACCGUGGCCUCACCCAUGGACAAACCUUGCCAAGGUCGGUUCCAGAACCACAUCAGUGCCUUUCAGCAAUCACCACAGGUGGCAAAGACACCACCGGCCAAACAGAGCAUCUAAAUAAUUCCCCACGAGCCACGACUGCAGUUGCAGCAGCCAAACGCAAACGUGUCAAAUUUACCUCUUAUGCCACCGUUCUGCCCAAUGAUAAUUCAAGAGCAGCAUACACCAACUCCUCAGUCCUGGUGAGCAGUGGGAAUGAGGAUGACAUCAAGUGGGUGUGCCAGGACAUGGACAUGGGUCAGUCUGAAAUCAGAACCUACAUGGAGAGGCUACAAGACAAUCUGUGACUUAGGGGGAAAGAGACUGAGAAAUAAAGAAGCAGAGGAUGAGUGUGGAAAGGGAAAGCAGACGAUGAGUACAAUUCACCUGUAAUGCCUUUGCAAUGGAUUAUUGGAGGGAGAAAAGAAAUAAUGCUAGAAACAGGAUUGAGGACUAAAGGGUUUGAAAGGGUUAUAAAGAGACUUUUAAGGGGAUGCUUUCAUUUGGCUCCCCUUAAGCUUUGGUAAGUGUAAGGUCAUCACUAGCUCACACUCAAGCUAAAGGUAGCAAACAAUAAGUAACAUCAUAAGUUUGUCUUGUAUUACUUAUUGUGAUAAUUUUAGUGAAAAAAUCCGUAUUACUCACUCUUGCUUCUGAAUGUUUUGUUUCAGAAACCCAUUAAUAUAAUAUAUUCCUUCAUUAUUAAUUCAGGGUAACUUCAGAGAGCCCUGCGAUGGACUGGUGACCUCUUCAAAGGUCUUCAAGCCCUCUCCCAAUGAUAAGAAAGCUCCACCCAACUAAGCAACUGGAGAAAUAACAAAAACCAGACUACAAAGUCAUUAUUAAUUUGAACAACAGGAAAACUUUCAUCACUACAGACUUCCUUUUUCAAGCUUGUGACAUUCACAACAUUUGUGUUAAAAAAAUCCUGUCUAGUUUUAAUAUAUGAACCUAUUUUGUAUUUAAUUAUGAUAAAACGUUAUAAUCUCACAACUAUCUGAAAGUCAGAUCAACAAUCUUUUUUUAAAAAUAGUCUACAGACUUUAAAAUGUGAAGGGUUUCUGCGGUCGAGUUGAAAUGAAGGCGGUCCCGUUCGCUCCUCACUAGGCUUUGUCGACGGCCUUAAGUGACAUUUCAUGGAAGAGACCAAUUCUCCCUUGGAUCCAGGACACAGGCAUUUACUCUUGCACAAUAAUAAACUGGAAAGGACCAUUGUCGAGGCUUCAUCUGUUCCCUUCCUGUGUUCAGAACCAGUCCUGACCCCCCCCCCCCCCCCCCCCCGGCUCUCUGCUGGUCUGUGAUUGGACAGCAGUAGACGCUCUGGGAACUGCUAUAUCCAGUGGAGCGCCAUUGGUACACUCACAGGAGUCUGACGGAUGGGGCUCCUGUGAAAUGGCUGCUUGGGCUCUUCAAAGCCUGACUGAACACGUAAUAAUAAGGAUUCUUCAAAAGAAAAUGGGAGCAACAAGACGGGCGGCAGUGCAAGCAGCGUCAUACAUGGGAUGAACAGAAAAUGACGAAUGACGUGACAAGAAAAAGCAAAUGAACAUCUAGAAAACAGCUGAGUUCAUGAAAUACCUUGCUUAUUAUAAAUAUAUUUUUCCUUUUUGUUUGUACUUUUGAUAAACAGCUUUUAUUAUGUUUUACCUUCAAAUUUUCCUAAUUUAGGAAGAUACGGAAUUGUAGCUUUUUAUGUUAGAGAUUUAUUAAGGAUUUAAAAAUAUAUGAUUAUUUUCUUUGUCUUAGAUGUUCUAUUUAUUUGAAUGGCUCUUUGAGAGAGUGAGAGAUGUCAGAAAACCCAAGGAUCAAGAUGGAUAUCAACAAACCUGGCUGGUGAAUGAUAGCACACACAGGAGGAAGGAGGACAGAGCAGGCAGAGGUUGCCUCACCUUCGUUAAGCUCAGGUGACGAGUCGAGACGAACUGACGAUAAAAAGGAGGAUUGUUAAGAUUGCAAUAUUUAUUUAUAAAUGUGUUCCUGUUUCAGAGUACACUGUAUGUUGUAAAUAAAUAAACAUGCUUCAAAGUUCUUGUGAACACGAUUGCAGGUCACUAGCCAACAGCAUUGUGAUAUUUUGUACGUUUUAAAGUGCAAAUAUGGAACAGAGUAUCUACCACCACAAUGUGAAAGUGAUCUCACUGGUUCUUUUUCUAAAGAUGUUCCUGUCCUUGUUUCAAGUAUUGCAUAAACUCUCAUCUAUGUACAGGAUAGGGAACCAUUUUCCUCCACCACGGGGUGUAAAACUGUAAGCAUUCAUGUCAGAAACUCCCAAAACAAAAUAAAACUAAACCAAGAAUUCAAAUGUC